CGCAGGUAACUAAGAAAAAAAUAGCGAGGAGGAGAAAAAACCCUUAGGGCUUGUUAUGGGGUUAGAGUGAAAGAAACCACGAUUUUUUUCCAACCUUCUUUACCAGUUAAACCAGUAACUCUGGAUAGAGCACACAAGUACCGGAUCAGGUAGAGUCUGUGGUCGCAAACUCUUUCGUCCUCUCUUCGAAAAUAAUCUCCUUUUCUUCUUCGUUUACUGCAAUUGAAUUUCCAGCUCUUUUGUUUGCUUCUCUUAUCACUUGGAGGAAGGUGAACCCUCGUGUUAUUUUUUUUUUUUGGUCUUUGCUUUUAAUUGUAGUUUUUACCCUUGUGGUCCCUGAUGGCUUCGCACAGUGAUACUCUGGUGGUGUUCUUUGGGGCAACAGCUGGUGCAAAUGGGGGUAAACUGGGUUCGGAUGAGAGGGAAUUAAUUCUCUUGGUGUGGCAAAUUGUGGAUCUACAUGAGAAAAAGGUGGGGAAACUUCAGAGACGUCUAGUAAAGCCGGACUCAUUGGAUUUAACAGAACAAUGUAAAGAGGAGACCGGCCUGACCGUGGACGAACUUUUGAAGGCCGAACCACUGGACAGCGUUCUUCAACAGUUCCAGCAGUCGGUGUCUGCCGAAGUGAAAGCCCUUGGCAGAAGUUCUUACACGCUGUGCGUUGAUGGCCCUUUGAUAAUUCGACAGGUUCUCCACCCAGAAGCUUCCAAAAAGAAUUUGGUCCUGCCCGAGUGUUUUUACUCCUUUGUGGACUUGAAGAAAGAGUUUUACAAAUGCUGUCCCAACGCAGGCCCCGCCAAAGACCUCACCCUGCCAUCCAUGCUGGACUAUGUAUGUAUACCUCCCGUUACGGAUCAAAUGGCGGGGGCAACAGAGGUGGAGAACAUGGUCCAGGUCACACUACACAUCCUGGCUGAGCCUUACAGUCACAAGUUCACAGGUUUUGAAGCUGUCAAGUACAAGUUUGAAUCAGGAGCAUGCAGCAAAACUGAAGCAGUGGACAGCGAGACGGUCAUCCGGGCCAGGGGGUUGCCAUGGCAGUCCUCCGACCAGGACAUUGCACGCUUUUUCAAGGGCCUCAACAUUGCAAAGGGUGGUGUUGCUCUGUGUCUGAAUGCUCAGGGAAGGAGGAAUGGCGAGGCCCUGGUGCGUUUCAUCAACUCUGAGCACAGAGACAUGGCUCUGGAGCGUCACAAACACCACAUGGGCAGCCGCUACAUAGAGGUCUACAAGGCCAGUGGUGAGGAGUUCCUGAAGAUUGCUGGAGGCACAUCCAACGAGGUGGCUCAGUUCCUGUCCAAAGAGAACCAGGUGAUCAUCCGGAUGCGUGGCCUGCCCUUCACCUCCACCCCCCAGGAUGCACUGGGCUUCCUGGGCCCCGAGAGCCCAGUGACUGACGGAACCGACGGGCUCCUGUUUGUCAAGUACCCAGACGGGCGCCCGACAGGUGACGCCUUUGUGCUGUUUGCCUGUGAGGAGUACGCCCAGAACGCCCUGAAGAAGCACAAGCAGAUCCUCGGCAAGAGAUACAUCGAGCUGUUCCGCAGCACGGCCGCUGAGGUGCAGCAGGUGCUGAACCGCUACAUGUCCACUCCUCUAAUCUCCACCCUGCCGCCUCCUCCCAUGGUGCCGGUUCCUGUACUGGCCACCCCGCCCUUCCUGACAACAGGCACCACGCGGGAUUGUGUCAGGCUCCGGGGCUUGCCCUACACCGCCGCCAUCGAAGACAUCCUGGAGUUCAUGGGAGAGCACACCAUCGACAUCAAGCCCCACGGGGUUCACAUGGUGCUCAACCAGCAGGGGCGCCCAUCUGGCGAUGCCUUCAUACAGAUGAAGUCUGCUGACCGGGCCUUCAUGGUGGCGCAGAAGUGCCACAAGAAGAUGAUGAAGGACCGCUACGUCGAGGUGUUCCAGUGCUCCACCGAGGAAAUGAGCUACGUGCUGAUGGGGGGUACCCUCAACCGCAGUGGCCUCUCCCCUCCACCCUGCAAACUACCCUGUCUCUCUCCCCCGACGUACGCUGCCUUCACCAGCCCUGCAGCCCUCCUCCCCACUGAGGCGGCCCUCUACCAACCCCCCCUGCUGGCCACGCCGAGAACUCCCCAGCCAACGCAUUCGGCCGCCCCAACCCUGGCCUACUAUCCCCCGCAGCCACACGCCCAGCUCUACAUGAAUAUGAACAUGAACUACACAGCCUACUACCCCAGGCCCCUCAGUCCUCCCGUGUCCCCUUCCACGGUGAGCUACUUCGCGGCCCCCCCGGGCUCUGUGGCGGCGGCCGUCGCUGCCCAGCCCAGCCCUGCCAUGCUCCAACACGGCACGCAGCACGGGGCGCUGGUGCGCAUGCAGGGCCUGCCCUACAACGCCGGCGUCAAGGACAUCCUCAGCUUCUUCCAGGGCUACCAGUACGCUCCCGAUGAGUACAGCAGCAUGGUUCAGAUGAGCGAUCAGGCACGGAGUCUGAUCCAGCCAAAAGAGUGGCUCUGCCUGUAAGGGAGACCCACAAGCUGAGUGCCGACGCCAUCCUGGUGCUGUACAACCUGAGUGGCCAGCGCAGCGGCGAGGCCUUGGUGACCUUUCCCAGCGAGGAGGCGGCCAGGCGGGCCGUGGCCGAGCGCUCCAACCAGAACCUCUACGGUCACUCCGUGCGCCUGCUUUGCUGCAAGUGACCAGGAUGGGAGGAUGGAAAGGGGGAA